AAGCCAUCCCUUUAUAAAGCGACCGGAGAGAAGAGAGGCGAGGCGAACUCAAAAGGAAACGUGUGAUCCUUCGUCGAAUUGAUCUCGAUCGAUACCUUCCCAUUCCCAUUCUUCUUCGGGUUUGGUCGGAGGAGUCUCUACUUGGCCGAUUCCUUCGUGGAGGGUUUGUGGAGCGACCGUGGUAGGCCGAUGGAUUCGUGCGGGGCGGUGGAGUCACCGGAGGCAAGGCCUGCGGCGGUGGCGAUCGACUUCACCGAUGGGGACACGUCGCCAUCCCGCGCGAGGAUCCCGAGGAGGAUACGCCGGAGGCUCCUUGAGGGCAAGAGCAGCGGCGGCCGCUCGAGCGUGGAGGAGAUUGAAGCUAAACUCAGGGAUGCCGACCUCAGAAGACAGCAAUUUCACGAAUUGUUAUCGAGCAAAGCAAGGCCAAAACCAAGAAGCCCCUCAUGGUCAUCUCAAGAGGAUGAUCCUGGUCAACGGAUUGAAGCAAAACUUUUUGCGGCUGAGCAGAAAAGGUUGAACCUUUUGGCAAAGGCGCAGAUGCGGUUAGCUAGAUUGGAUGAGCUACGACAAGCUGCUAAAAGUGGUGUAGAAAUGCGUUUUGUAAAGGAACGUGAAGAGCUGGGUACAAAAGUUGAAUCCCGUGUACAACAGGCUGAGGCAAACCGUAUGCGCCUUCUUAAGGCUCAUAUGCAGAGAAGAGCUGCCAUUCGCGAGAGAACUGCAUCAUCUCUGUUGCAACGGGUAAUCCGAGAGAACAAACAUAAAGAGUGUGUGCGCUCUGCAAUCUUUCAGAAGCGUGCUGCUGCUGAGAAAAAACGUUUGGGAUUGUUAGAAGCAGAAAAGAAAAGAGCCCAUGCUAGAGUAGUGCAGGCACGCAGGGUAGCCAAAACUGUGUACCAUCGAAGAGAAACUGAAAGGAGAAGAUUGAAAGAGCAGUUAGAAUAUCGGCUCCAAAAUGCAAAGCGACAAAGGGCAGAGUAUCUUAAACAAAGAGGUGGCUCUCAUGGUUCUGCACGGAUCAAUUUGAUCAGACAUGGAGAUUUUCUUUCAAGAAAAUUAGCAAGGUGCUGGAGGCAGUUUGUGAAAUCAAGGAGGACUACUUUUGCCUUGGUUAAAGCUUAUGCAGCUUUGGGGUUAAACGAGAACUCUGUUAAACGUAUGCCAUUCGAACAAGUCGCUCUCCUUAUUGAAUCAUCCAAAACACUGGCGACAGCGAAAUCCUUGCUAGAUCGGUUGGAGAGCCGUAUCUCACUCUUACUUUCAUCUGGACCUUUAAGUGUCGAAAAUAUUAAUCAUCUGCUGAAGCAGCUAGCCUCUCCAAAUAGAAAAGUCCCAUCCGGUAGAACCUCAAGAGAGAGAGGUGGAACAAAAAGAGUGGCUGUCAGAGAAUCUAGAAGUUCUGAAACAAAGAUGUCAAGGUAUCCGGUCAGAGUAAUACUCUGUGCUUACAUGAUAUUAGGUCAUCCAAAUGCUGUUCUCAGUGGCCAAGGGGAGCGCGAAGUUGCCUUGAGGGAGGCAGCUAUAAACUUUCUUCGGGAGUUUGAAUUGUUAGUGAAUACCAUAUUGGAUGGUCCUAAAAGUGCUCACUCCUCGAGGCAAUCAUCACCUGAUGCCUUGUCUUUGAAUCAUCAUGAAGACUCCUCUACCGGUUUGCCUCGGGAACAGAAUUUUAGAUGCCAGCUGAGAACAUUCGACACGGCAUGGUGUUCUUACCUUUACAGGUUUGUGGUAUGGAAAGUGAAAGAUGCUAAAUCUCUGGAGGAAGACCUUGUGAGAGCUGCUUGUCAAUUGGAACUGUCGAUGAUGCAGACAUGCAAGAUGACUGCAGAAGGACAGACAGUUGAUCUUAGUCAUGAUAUGAGGGCUAUUCAAAAACAGGUUAUUGAAGACCAGAAACUUCUGAGGGAGAAAGUGCAACACCUAGGUGGCAAUGCUGGAAUUGAACGAAUGGAAUGUGCUUUAUCAGAUACACGAUCCAAAUUCUUUGAAGCAAAAGAGAACGGUAGCCCUUUGGCAACAUCUGUUGCUCAUAUUUCAUCACCUUCAGCACCCGACACUUCAGGAAAAAAUGUGGUCUCUGUGCCUCAUGAGCAGAGUGUUGAUAUUAAAGGGAGAUCCAAUCAUGUUGUUCGUUCUCUGUUCGGUGCUUCAUCUUCCGCUCAGCCUACGGUUGGUGCAGAAAUUCAAAAUGUAGAUGUUCAGUCAAGUUUCAGAACGGUCACACAGUCGCCCACGGAAAAUGAACUGCUUGUCAAUGAGAUAAUGCAUUGGGGCAAUGGAAAUAUUGCUGAUAAUCUUGACCUCAAAGCUGAAGAGAUUGGUAUCCAGGUUAAAGAGACGAUGGAGAAGGCAUUUUGGGAUGGAAUAUUGGAUUCUCUAAAGGAAGACAGACCUGAUUACAGUAGAAUACUGGGUCUUGUCAAGGAAGUACGGGAUGAAUUAUGUGAAUUGGCUCCACAGAGUUGGAAGCAAGAUAUUCUCAAUAGUAUUGAUCUUGACAUUCUCUCCCAGGUCCUUGAGUCAGGCUCUCAUGACAUACAUUAUCUUGGAAAUAUUUUAGAGUUUGUGCUGACCAUGCUUCGGAAAUUAUCUACUCCUGCAAGUGAAGAUGACAUGAGAAAGGACCACCAGAAGUUGUUAAAUAGUUUGGAAGAUAUUGCUCGAUCUAAUGACAAACAGAACAACCUUUUUGUUAUUGCCGCAAUCAAGGGUCUGCGCUUUGUUUUGGAGCAAAUACAGACACUGAAGAAGGAAGUUAGUCUUGCCCGUAUAAAGUUGAUGGAACCAAUCAUCAAGGGAUCUGCCGGAUUGGAAUAUUUGCAGAAGGCAUUCAUGGACCGCUGUGGAUCUCCUGUUGGUGCUGCCAACUCUCUUCCAAAAACUUCUCGAUGGUUAUCCUCAUUUGUUGACAGUUUGGAAGAAGAAUGGAACGAGCACGUCGACCUCUGUUCUGUUCUAUCGGCAAGUCAUGGACUUCCUAUUACUACCCUCCGUACAGGUGGUGGCCUUUCAUCCUCAUCAAAACAGUAUGAUGUUCUUUUUAAUGCUUCAGGUGGUGACGAACUACCAGAAUGCAGUGGAGAAAAGGUGGACAAGUUGGUUCGGCUUGGUUUGCUAAAACUUGCGAGUGCAAUAGCCGGAUUGACAACUGAGAUGGCUCCUGAAACUCUUGAGCUUAAUGUUUUGAGAUUGAGAGCUGUUCAGAGCCAACUCCAGCAAAUAAUUUUUGUCGCAACAAGCAUUUUGGUUCUCCGACAAGUUGUCCUCAGCGAAAAAUCUGUUGCCCCUUCAGAGUUGGAAUCUGUAGUUUCAAAAACAGUCGAGGGGCUCUCCGAUCUCUUGAAGAAUUCACCUGAUGUAGGUUUUGAAGAGAUCACUGAGAUGAUGGUGAGCUUAUCUGGCUCAUAUUCAACUUCCUCUCCGGAAACAAAGCUUCAAAGCAGAAAGGAGAUUAUGGCAAGAAUGCUCACAAAAAGCCUGCAAAAUGACGAUGCCAUAUUCGCAAAGGUCUCACGGUCAAUUUACUUGGCUGUACGAGGAGUCGUACUUGGGGGGAGUGGUGCCCGAGGCCGGAAGCUGGCAGAUGCAGCACUCCGACGAGUUGGUGCCGCCAUGCUCUUGGACCAAGUGGUUAAUGCAGGCAACAUGAUUGUUAUAAUGGCAAUGGUCACCAGCCGAGUUCAUGGGCCGUGGUACAGGGUCUUGGUGUAAAGAUUCAGUGAUUCAGUUUGCAUCUUGUACGUAAGAAAUCAGCAUAAGCACUUCUGAUUGGAACCUGUGGGUAAGACCUGCAAGAUAUGGUGUUCAUGAUUCAACCUCUAGCGUACGUAGGGCUGCUUUUUUAGCUUUAAUCUGUUUAACAUUGCAAAGUGUUGGGGGAAGUAACUCUGCAUUGUUGUGUACAUAAUUGUAUAAAGAUGCAUAGAUAAAUGCGAAUGCAUUACAUGUUUCAGGUCCUUUGGUCGUAUGCACGUUGUUCCCUAAUGUAACCACCCUUAAUAUAAAGCUUUUAUGUUUUUGGGUUUGCCAGUUUAA